UCAAUCGCUUUGAUCUACAAACAGUUAAAAAGGAGGAGCGAUCAUGUCAGUUUGUUUGGAGAACCGUUAUUCUCAAUUUGAUACACAGAAUCGUGCUGCCAAUGCGGGUGUUUCAUGAUGCGCGCGGGUCAAUUACAGGUGCCCAUUAACCUCCGCGCUUUACUACCUCAACUUUAUUUGGAUUGACUCACGUCCUGUCCAUUGAAAUGGUGUCACGCUUCUGAAUAUAAACUCACGCGUGACUGGAAGGCGCUUAUCAUUAUGAAUGCUGAUGUCCUCUGGAGAUCUGAAGAGCCCUGAUCUGCACAGCAGAGGAUCACAACACAGGAGGAGACCCAGGCACUGUGAGACUUUAGCAUUCCCUCAUUGCACCUGCUGUCAGGAAAAGAGCAUCGGCAAAUAUUCAUUCCUUAUUGUAAAAGAGGCUCUGGCAGACCUUCGGAAAGUACCUCUUCAGUUUCAUUUUUGCAAUAUAUGGGACAUCUUGCAUUUUCAUGGAACACGCCUCAAGUGAAAUCUGACCUCCAUUUAAUUUGAAACUUUCAGUUGGUUAACUUCAAGAAAAUGAGCUCAGCAAAUGCUUGGAUAGACUCUUAAUGGUUUUAAACUAUGGGAUUUGUAGAAAUAUGGUAGUUAUGAGACUUGGUGAGUGAACUAUGACAUAAUCAGCAGGUCCACUCAAGACUUUAAAUCUUCCCACUUGAUCCCGGAGGGACCAAACCUUAUUAAAGUCAUAAUCAUGGUGAUGUCACAGGGCACCUAUACGUUUUUGGCAUGCUUUGCCGGUUUCUGGCUGAUCUGGGCUCUCAUUGUCAUGCUUUGCUGCUUUUGCAGCUUUGCCCAGCGCAAGCUGAAGCGCCGGCGUGAAGAGAGGCUGAGGGAACAGUGCCUGCGAGCACUGGAGAUGGAGCCUCUGGAGUGCACUGGAGGGGGUUAUCCUCCCAGGGAGCCCCCUCAGUUCUGCCCACAAAUUCAAAUGAUGUCUCCACAGCUGCCUGUAACACACACUUUCCCUCAAGCAAACUGGACUGUCCCUGAAGACACAGAUGUUUUUGGAAAACCUCCUUGCUACGAAGAGGCCGUAUUGAUGGAGGAUCCACCGCCCCCUUACAGUGAGGUUCUGGCGGACCCUAGAGGAGGAACUUACACCAAACCUGCAUCCAGGUCCUCUAGGGAGCAUCAGGAGUCUAAGACCAGCAAGAUGGCACCUGUGACCGUGUUUCCCGAACAUGACUACUCUUCCCUAAUACGCCUACCUUCGGCCAGGCGCUGGGACUCACUGGGGCACCUACUGUCCACCAUGGACCUUAACCACAAUAACCUGUCGGUUGAGCCUCAGGCCUCUGCCAUUGCCACCAUGCCUCGUGAAGGCCGGACUCAUACAGACAUGGGCUUGCGGGGACUCUGCAGUCUGGAUCAACACUAUGGUUUGCCCACUGCCUUUCCCCUUUUGGGUCGAAGUACAGCAGUAUGAGUCCACAAAAAUAUACCUACGGGCCACUUUCUGAGAUGAACACUCACAAUGCUGAGUCAUAUGUGGUAUGGAGAAUUUGCCAGAGGCAUUUAGAAUGCUGUCUUUUGGGGCAGAAUUCAGGGUGAUUCAGCUUUGUUCAGGGGUUAUUUUGAAAAUCCAUCAUACUCGCUUUUCUCUCUCUUGUCCUCCUCCUUGCUCUCCGUGGUAUCUCUGCCUGAUGCAGAGCAGCAGCUAUUAUGUGGAUGCUGUUGCCAUGGCUCCCAGGAACUGUCUGCAGCCCACCAACACCUCGCCCCUCACAACCUCUCUUCUUCCUUUUUCAUCUGCGGCUCACUGAUAUAAUACAAAUGACAUUUCAAACCCUGUCUUUGUGAAACAGGGUGCGACAUGGUGAAAUGACAGUGGUUGGUUCAUACUGUAGCUACACAAUGCUGCUCAGCUGUGCAAAAAUGUUGUUUCAUAAACUGGGAGACAAUACCUAUAUCUUUCUGGAUUUUCUGCCAGUUCUUUUUCGUGAAGGAAUCUGAACUUUGGGGGUGGAAAGUAUUCAAAGUAAUCACAAAUCCUCAAAAGGAAGUUCCCUGAAGAAUUGUGAUUUUUGAAAUGUCUGUAGUGUCCAUUGGAAGUUUGUCUCUCACACCUUAAUGUAUAAGACCAUGUUGGUACAUUGAGGAACUGUCUUUAAUUUAAUGUCAAAAGCACUAUUCUCUUUUUAACAGAUUCUGAAUCUCUGUAUUAAAAAUGAUUUUUUGAAUAUGAAAUAUAUCAUCCUGAAGUCCUCAUCAGAUUGAUGAUAGGACCUUGUUUGUAAUGACCUGUGAAAAGGAUUGGUCAACAUUUUCAUGCAUCACCAUGUUGCCCACGUUACUUCCUGCUGUUGCAGCCAUGUGGGAUUUUUGGCAUUUAUUUAACUUUAUAUGCUGGUGCUUCUUCAUGUUAGACCAUCUGAAUUCCUUUUGCUAGGCUGUUUUCUGUCAUCAGUGUAGUGACUGCUACAUUGUGAAAAUGCUUGAUUUUAUUUUUUUCAUUUUAUUGCCAUCAUUUCUAUUACGUGUCUCCAUGCCCUUAAAUGAUUCUACCUCAAUCCAUCUAAUGGCUGUCUUUGUCAGCUUCCUGGCAUAUAACUCCGCUUUCAGGCAUGUGCUGGAUGCUUUCAAAUGGUAUUUGAUUAAAAUAAGCUCCAUUUUGGAAAUGUGAAAAAGCAGAUAGUGGUGUAUGUGGGGACACAUUCAGCACAAUGCUUUUACUACAUCAUAGUGAUGUCUUUGGUUCAUUAGUUUUAAUUGCGCAGCCAUUACUAGACCGCCUAAAAAUUACAAAAACAUAAAGGAAUCAUACUUCCCA